AAACUGCCAAUCCAAUGGGAAACGUUUCAGCUCAUUUUAAAUCGAUUCGAAUAUUUCAAUUGGAACGAGAACCAGAUGAAAGAGUGUAGUGAAUUGGCUAAAAUUCGAACGUAUAAGCCAUUUGAUAUUGUGUUCUGCGUGGAUAACGACCAAAUGAAAUGUGCACACAUUAUUCUUAGCGGUAGAUGUUCGGUUUUGCAGUAUCUAAACAUGAAUACAAAACUCGAUGGAAAAAUACACAAUCUUAAACCGCCAUCAAAAAAAGAAUCAACAUCACAUGAUAUCAUCCAACAGAUAUUUGCAAGUAACGACAAUCGAGGAAAAAUGUUGGAAAAAACUGCGCCAUGUUUGGAUCAAAAAAUGGAUUCAAGAAGUUAUGAAAAACACCCUAAUGUACAGACCACAGCUGAAAUUGAACAAUCCGAAACGACCAAACAACAACAACAACAACAUACUAGGGAACAUUUCAUUGAAAUUGGAACAAUAGGUUGUGGAGCGAUAUUUGCUCUUGGCGAGCACAUGGAGGAUCGAGUCAUAGUUGCUAAACACAUGGAAGUUCAGUGUCUUUUAAUCCCACAUUAUUGGCUGUUUAAAAAAAAGCAAAAUGUUGGUAACAUUUGGCAACGAGCAAAAAUUUACCUGGACUUUACAUUACCCUCACGCCAAGAAGUUUUUAAACACUAUCUGGAAGCAAAAAAAUGGAAAUUCCACAGGAACAAGCUGGUUUGUAAGAGCGGACAAUUGAAGCCACAGAUAAACACAACACGUAUUGAAGAUGUUCCGAUUCUGUGCCGUUUGAAUGGCUCAUUAUAAUAAUUUUUUUUAGCAAAAAGUGAAGAUGAAUGAAGACAUAAUAAUUGGCACAAUCACACAGCAAUGGUUAUCGUUUUGUUUCAUUUUAUUAUUAUAAAAUUCAUUUUUCUGAAUGGAAUUACAAGUUUUACAGUGCAAUUAAUAGUUAAAGAGGGAAACGACAGAAUAAUUUAAUGGCUUAUAUGGCUAAGAUAUAAAUAUAAAAAAACUAAAACCGCAAACGACAGGCACUUAAAUCCUAAUGGAAGUUUUGUUUUCGUUAAGUACAGCAAUCAGUUGGAGAAGCUUUUUUUCUUUUGAAUAUUUGUGUCAUUGAGAAUAAAAAUGGGAUUUACCGAAACCGCUCGUUUACAUGUGAAUCAUUUUUGUUUCACAU